UAUGGCAGUUCGAGAGAGAGAGAGAGAUGCACGCGGCUGUGCUGCAUUUUAGUCCUGGGUGUGUGGGCUCACAUAGGGGCCCAGGUGGAGCCGCCACCAUUGCAGCCAACGAGUGGAGCAUCAGUGAGAGCCCAGAGGAGGGGCAGGAUGAUGGAGUGGAUGGGAUGGACAAGGCCGGAAUGGAAGGGGAUGCGGAGGGUGUCUGGAGCCAGGACAUCGAACAGAGCUUCCAGGAGGCUUUGGCCAUCUACCCACCCUGUGGCCGCAGAAAGAUCAUCCUCUCAGAUGAAGGGAAGAUGUAUGGUCGCAAUGAGUUGAUAGCAAGAUACAUAAAACUGCGAACAGGGAAAACUCGCUCACGGAAACAGGUGUCUAGUCACAUACAGGUGUUAGCCAGGAAGAAAAUGCGGGAAUACCAAUCAGGCAUAAAGGCCAUGAACUUGGAUCAGGCCUCCAGAGACAAAGCCCUGCAAAAUAUCGCUGCUCUGUCCUCCGCUCAGAUCGUUUCCCCUCAUUUGAUGAAGAGUCAGUUGCCUCCUCUUCCUCAGCACCCGUACCCUCCUCCAGCCAGGUUUUGGCCUGGCUCCAUCCCAGGACAGCCUGGACCUUCUCAGGACAUUAAACCCUUUGCACAGAGUCCAUACUCCAGUCUACAACCCCCACUGCCUACGCCUUUAUCAAAUCUUCAUUCUGCAAGUUUCCGAUGUGGACGUGACUCACCAAAUGCUUAUCGAGAGCCGUCAGUCUUUACACUGCAAAGCUCAGCACAGAAGCCGCAUCUGCAGCUGCAUAAAUGUUACGAGCCCUUACCCAACCCACUCCCCCCCACCGCCACUACAGUGCCUGUUUGGCAGGAUCGGACCAUUGCCUCUGCUAAACUCCGCAUGCUGGAGUACUCUGCCUUCAUGGAGGUCCAGAGGGACCCUGAUACUUACAGCAAGCACCUGUUUGUCCACAUUGGCCAGACAAACCCCUCAUACACGGACCCUCCCCUGGAGGCAGUAGAUAUUCGUCAGAUCUACGACAAGUUUCCGGAGAAGAAGGGUGGACUAAAGGAGCUUUAUGAGAAAGGCCCUCAGAACACCUUCUUCCUGGUCAAGUUCUGGGCAGAUCUGAACAGUAGCAAUGUUCAGGAUGGUGCAGGCUCGUUCUAUGGGGUCAGCAGUCAGUAUAGCAGUUCUGAAAACGUGACGAUCACUGUGUCCACUAAAGUCUGCUCUUUCGGGAAGCAGGUGGUAGAGAAAGUUGAAACAGAGUAUGCCCGCUUGGAGGGUGGGAGGUACGUGUACCGGAUCCAUCGCUCCCCCAUGUGCGAAUACAUGAUCAACUUCAUCCACAAACUCAAGCACCUUCCAGAGAAAUAUAUGAUGAACAGUGUCCUGGAGAACUUCACUAUACUACAGGUUGUGACAAACAGGGACACGCAAGAGACUUUGCUUUGCAUUGCGUUCGUGUUUGAGGUGUCCACGAGUGACCAUGGUGCACAAUAUCAUGUUUACAGACUCGUCAAAGACUGAAUGAUCGCUGUGCUCGAGAGACCUCCAGACGCUGUUCAAAAAUGUACAAGGCAAAAUUAGACAAAGCUGAAGUUCAAAAACACAAACCAGAAUACUGUGCACUAGGUUGUAUUGAAUAUUUAGUUCUGUUCUUUAAAAGGAAAAUAAAUUUACUUUCAGGGAUAAUUCUGUUUCUUCCUAUGUACUUAUUGUUUUGUGAGAGAAGAGCUCUUGAAUGUCUAAAGUGGGUUAACUCUGAUUAAGACCCUUGUCAUGUUAAAGAUACUAAGAUGCUGAAGGUACAAAGGUCUUUUUAAAAGUGAUUGUAAGCAAAUAGAAAAUGAAUGCUAAUCAAUACAAGGUCUCUUAUCGGGAACUUUGUGAUAGGAUACGCUUGUUCUGAAUCUUUUGUUUUGACACACCACUGACAUCAGCACACUACCUCUAACCUUUGACACAUUGGGGGUUCAGAUUGUGCUCAGAAGGAUGAGCAAGUCUUGAUUGUAAUAUAAAAAAUAAAACUGUUACAUAUAGGAAAGGAAUUUUGAAUGUUUGUCAUGAUGGUAAAUGUAAGUUACAAGAGAACAGCAUCAGUUUGGUUCAUGUUUCAUGCAUUUUACACACUUUUGGAAGUGUUGCUCUGUAUUUGGCUUGAUUUUCUAUUUUUGAAAGUGUAAAUGUGUGAGCUACUUCUACCUCCUGGUGUUACACGUAUAUACAUGCUUUUGGAGCAUUUUGAAAACAUUGGUUUGAAACCCAAUUUUCAUUUCAAACCAUUUGCCAAUGCCAUAAUGGUUACUGAAAAAAAUGGGACAUGUAUUGGUUCUACUUGAUUUUGAGUGCCUUAUCACACUUAGAGCCUACCUGCACUGGCAAGUAGGCAGCAGAAUUCUGUAAAUCAGAUAACAUUUUCCAAGACAAGAAAGGCCAACUCUGCUGUGGGGUUACAGUAGGACAAAACAAAUCUCGGCAGGUGACAAUUGGGUUUAAACUUACAGUAUUUUAGAGUUUUAUCUAAGAACAUAUUAAUUAUAUAUUCACCAAGCAAUUAUAAUCAACUUGGCUUUGUUCCAUAUGAAACUGGGUGCUUAUUUAAAAACUGGGUGAGGAUGUUUUUAACAUUUAAAAGCAAGAAAAGGCUUUACUUGAACAGUAAUUUUUUCUAUAUGUCCCUGAACCAUUUUAUUUCAGUCUAAUACAUACAUUCUUUAGAAAGACCAGCGUCUUGGCACUGUAUUGAACAUAAUUACUGAGUGACAUUCAAUCAUCUGUUUGUAUCAUUUAGGACAUUAUAUUUUGGUACAUUUAUCCACAUUUGUGCAAUGCUUUAUGGAAAGCACGUAUAUAUUGCAUAAGGGGAUAACUGUAGCAUAUACUGUAUAUUUGUGGGACAUUUUCCUUUUGGAACUCUGCAUGCAAACAUGAAUACGUGGAAAAGAGGUUAUUUUUGUACAAGAUUGCCCCUAAUACCAAAGAGGUCUUUAUACAGAAUGACAUCCAAUUGAAUCUGAACAACAUCCACCGAAAAACCCUGUCUUGCCUUAUUGUGUGGUUCAGGUCAUGUUUGACAUCUAUAAGGAAAAUCAUCCCUCUGUGUGAGUGUGUGUUUUUGUAAUUGGGUGUAUAUCUGUGUGUAUGUGAGAGAGAACAAUAGAAAUUGAUUUUGACAUGCUACAAAAUGUUCUGUGUAUAUUUUAAGAAGGAAAAGUUUUUAUCUGUUCUUUUUUUUCAUCUUUAUUUUUUGCUUUGUUCCAAUAUCAUUCUUUGCUCUGGUUAUUAUUAAACAAGGGUUUUAAUAUCUGUACAGUGUUUCAUACAGUAUAUAUGCUAAUAAAGUGACAUUGGAGCCCUGGAA